AUUUGUCAGACCUUAGAUCUUAGACCUUUUUUGUUAUCGUUAUUUUUCGCCGUUCCUUCCUCAUGUGGUCAUAUGCGCCUCCUCUUCUCUUCCAGUUUACCUUUCCCGAUUGCAAUCAACCACUUCCACCUAAACAGAAACAUAAUCAAACUCCAAUUCAGCCUUUUUCGAGACUAAUUUCUCCAAGAUUUCGACGGUAUUGAAUCCUUACAUUGAAGAACGGGGAAGAAGAGAAGAGAGAUUCAUCUCUCGCUACGAACAGAAGAUGCCUAUCUCAAGGACUCGCCGACCCCAAGGAGGCAGUUUUGGAAAUGAACAUGGGUCCUCGUUCAGUCGACGCUACAGCAGCAACUCCCAUGACUUUGCAGGGAAAUUCAGGGAUCACGUUUAUAAUGCUAAUAAUGAUGAAACUAUAUAUGUUCCUUCCUUAAAGAAGAGAAAAUUUUCAGCCUCUGGUUGGGAGAACAGUGGGAGAUACCAUUGGCAGCCUGGAACUGUUGGUGAUGCCCCUUCAACAAGUGCUAGUUUGUUUCUUGCCCCCACGAGAGCUGACACUAGUGCUUACACACAUUCAAGCCAUAAACGUGACCGGUCGGAAUUAGAGGAUGAUGCAAUCUUUAUGUCAAGGGAUGAGAUCGAGAGAAGCUCUCCAUCAAGGAAGGAUGGUAUUGAUUCUGUUCGAGAAACACAUCUACGUUACUCAUACUGUGCCUUCCUUCAGAAUCUUGGAAUGCGGCUGGAACUACCACAAACUACUAUUGGAACUGCCAUGGUCUUAUGCCACCGUUUUUUUGUCCGGAGAUCUCAUGCAUGCCACGAUCGAUUUUUGAUUGCAACUGCUGCUCUGUUCCUUGCUGCAAAGUCUGAGGAGACAGCACGACCUUUGAACAAUGUAUUGAGGACAUCUUGUGAAAUUUGUCAUAAGCAGGAUCUUACUUUCUUCUCCUAUAUGCUUCCUGUUGACUGGUUUGAGCAAUAUAGAGAACGGGUGAUUGAGGCUGAGCAAAUGAUACUGACAACUCUAGAUUUUGAGCUUAACGUACAUCAUCCUUAUGUUCCUCUUACAUCCGUCCUUAACAAAUUAGGCCUUUCACAAUCUGUUUUGGUGAACCUGGCACUGAACUUGGUGAGCGAAGGGGUCUUCACAAGAAUAGCGUGCUCACCUGUAUGAUAUUCUUAGCUGGCGGAUUGAUAUGCUGUUCAUGGGCCUCAUUAUUAUUCCUCUUUUGAUCAUCUCUUUCAUCCUGCAAAGCUUCCUUCAAAGAUUGACAAAUUAUUUCAGAGUGAAGAAGAGAAUUUGCUUUUGUAGCUUAACUUUGCAGUUUAGUUCAUGUUGUGGUCAAGCUACCUUCUUUGUCAUUCUAAGCCAAUUGAGGCAGGAUAAAGCUUCCUCAAUAUUUAUAUGCUGUUGGAAUCUAAAUAACUUGGAUUCAGACAGCCACAAUAGGUGGUAUUUUUAGAAAGGACAGAAGCAUUAAGGUUUUCUUGUGGCCUAGCAGUAUCAAGGGAUCUAGAAUGUGAAGGAAAGGGAAUCUUUGGAAAGUUUUGAGCGAUGGAUACCCUAUUUGGUUCUUAUGUUGCAGAAGGCGACCCAUUUCAUGUUAUCUCUUUGGUGUCUACAGAGGUUAUGGGGGGUCCUUGGAGGCUUACAGAAAUCUUGUGAUCUGUUGCUUGAGUUAACGUGAAUAUGGAAUUGGAAAUCUUUUCAGCCAUUUUACUUUAGUUUUAUGUAACCACAUUGUCAAUUCCAUAAGUAGAUUUUUUUUUUUUUUUUUUUUUUUUUUUGUCAUAUAGUAAAUGUGGUUUUCUUGGUAUACUCCCAUACUUACAUGUGGCUUCCCUAAAGUGACUAGCGGCAAUGCUUAUAUCAGUUUUCUUGGCUGUUUACCCUCGGUGUGGACUUCCCAUUUUUUGUACAUUUUUGGCCCAUUAGGAUACUUCCUGCUUGUCAGCCUUGGAAGUAUGCUUAUAUACUUGCACAUGCAUGUGCUAUGAGUAUGACAUCAUGCGUGUUAGCAUGUCUCUUCGUGCAACACUGUUGAGCAGAAGAUACCAUGUACUUCCUACUUCAUGAUUGCAAAUUGAAACAUCCCAUUACCUAUGGCAAUGGAAUUGCGUGUGGAUUGCUCUGUGUGGACACCCCUGUAGCAGAAUUGGGCCUGGAGCUGAUGAAUUGUUCCAAAAGGUUUAACAUAUUGCUGUAGUUUUGGCACUGAGCCAGCGUUUCUGCUGAAGAUUCCUGGAAAAUAUUCCACCUGGUUGCUGCAUUCUUAGUUGGUAAGGAAAGAAUGUUUGAGGAACUGGCUUGUUUUUGGUUACUAGAAAUCUGCUUCUUGCUGUAUAUUUAUCUUUAUGAUACUGAUCAAUUGUGCUGAUGGAAAAACACCAUGUACAAGAAAUUGCUGCUGAUAUUUAGUGUUGCUGCAGAUGGUUGGUUUGGCUGUGUAUUUAUCUUUCAUCCAUCUUGAACAGUGCUUGGCCUCUUUUUUUCCCCCCUCUUCUAGGGCAAUUGCUUGCAAAUUGAAGGGAGCAUUUUUUUUUUUUUUUUUGGCAGGCUUCGGAGCUCAUUGUGGCUUCAAUUUAAACCCUACCACAUUGCUGCUGGGGCUGCAUACCUUGCUGCCAAGUUCCUCAAUUUUGAUCUCGCUUCUUACCAAAAUAUUUGGCUGGAGUUCCAGAUCACACCAUCUAUUC